CAGAACAACAAAUCCAACACAAACGCCCACACAUGCAUCUGGCUCUAGGUUUUUUAUUGUACCGAGAGUGUUGCCCACUGCCAGUGUUCCAAAGAUUCGUUUUGUUUCGUCUUUAAUUUUCACUUUCAAUUCGCUUUCAUGUUGCUCCGUUCGUAAGUUGUCCCCAUUCCAGGAGAGGCUGUAGUAUUGUUUCCGUCGGUACCAGUUUCGUAGUGCUGAUUCCGUAGCCCCCCGAAGACCUGUUACGUUUCGAUCUGUUCGGUUCGGUUUCGGUUUGGUGUGUGAUAAGUGCUGCAAAUAACCUCAGACAGGACUGUAUAUUUUUGUUUGGACAGUAAGCAACACCGGGCAAACAAUUGCCAAUAGUCAGUCAACCGAUAGGAUUGUGUACCGAUUCAAGUGGAUAGCUUGCGGGAGCAGGAUAGGAACCGACCAUCCUAUCUGCGCGGUCUCCAUCGAUUGUGCCCCUCGAUUGUUUCGUUUGGGGUAGAAAGCAAAGAAGACAAACUUACAGAACCCAGCGCGAUGAGCUUCUUGUUUCGCUCGAGCAAAACAUUCAAACCAAAGAAAAACAUUCCGGAAGGUACGCAUCAGUAUGACCUUAUGAAACAUGCGGCCGCGACGCUCGGCUCUGGCAAUCUUCGUAAUGCGGUACAGCUUCCCGAUGGAGAAGAUCUGAACGAAUGGGUUGCAGUAAACACGGUAGAUUUCUUCAAUCAAAUCAACAUGCUGUACGGUACAAUCACGGAGUUUUGCACCGAGGACACAUGUAGCAUUAUGUCGGCCGGCCCCAAAUAUGAGUACCACUGGGCGGACGGACAGACGGUAAAGAAACCGAUCAAAUGCAGUGCACCCAAGUACAUCGACUACCUGAUGACGUGGGUGCAAGACCAGCUGGAUGAUGAAACGCUCUUCCCGUCCAAGAUCGGCGUACCGUUUCCGAAGAAUUUCAUCAACAUCGCUAAAACGAUCCUGAAGCGACUGUUUCGUGUGUACGCGCACAUCUACCACCAGCACUUUUCGGAGGUGGUUCGAUUGAGCGAGGAAGCGCAUCUGAACACGUCCUUCAAGCACUUUAUCUACUUCGUGCAAGAGUUUAAUCUCAUCGAUCGUCGGGAGCUGGCACCGUUACAGGAUCUUAUUGAUAAGCUCAUUACAAAGGACGGACGAUAAGUGUAUUCGGUGCUUACCCGUGCAUACGGUACCACGACUCAUCCUGCCAGCGAUGGCCACAAGACAACUUACCUCCACACUAUCCUAUCUCAGCAUCCUCCCCUUCCCUUGAUAAUCGUUCCUCAUUUACCACUCACUAAGCUAAUUUAUUUCUUUUACCACUAUGAUGUUCUCGAAUGUGUUGUUUUUAAAUUAAAGUACGAUUUUAACGUUAAGCUUUGCACCGUUGCUUCUACCAGUGCGAUUUCGGUUUUGCUAGUACGGAGCGUAGACGGUGCAGAAAAGGGUGAGCUUAGCCGAUUCGGUGCAGUGUGCUACAGUGGCAUUUUAUAAAAAUGGCCAGGCAACUGUAUCUACCGGAUCGAAACGGAUCGGAUAGUUUGCAUCCGUUUGCAUUUUGUAUAUAUCGUUGAUAAAUACCUCCUGUGUUUUGUUUUGUUUAUUUUUUUGUGCUUUUCGGUUCUCUCUUUCUCUCAGUUGUUUGCACACCAGUUCGGAAGCAGUUCAAUGCAACUACAGUUGGGAGCAAAUUAUGUAUGUUUCUUUAAGGAAGCUACAAUUAGAGACCAGUAUACGCCCAUUCGAUCAAAUCACGUGUGUAUGCGAAUGACGAAAUUGAAAGUUAAUUUAACGAACGACAGCUUCGGGGAGAACCGAGAUGGAAGUGGAUAAGUGUAUGAAAACCCUUCCCCACUAAAAUGCAAUCUAAACCUACCGGAAUGAAUGGCAAACCAGGAUCUGGUUUGUACGACUGUACGAGUGAAGCACACAGACACAAACCUUCCCUUCAGUCCGUUUGUAAUGUGUGGCUAAUUUUGUGGAAAUAUUGUAACCCCGGAACAAAGAACGACGAAAUAACCGAUUACGAUCGGUAUGGUAAAGGGAAGCAUCGGAAUGUGAACGAUAAAACGAUGGAUAAAUAUGCUAAAAGCAGCGCCAACAAUUGACUGAUAACAAAUGGUGGAAACAAAAGGCACACAGGGCAGCAAUGGAACGAUAGGCUUACAAACAAAACCCAAUUUGAUGAUAAUAAGAGUAAUAAUAUACAAUCGUACCCAGCAAAACAAUACCGGGGGGCCCGCAAAGCACGGUGCGUGAGUCGAAAAAACCUUUCCUGCCAGGAAGGUGCCGCAAGUGUAAAGAUAGCUUAAUGGAGCAUUUUUAGAUUUCAAAAUUAAGCUUUUUAGCGGUGCCGAAAGCAAAUGCCGGGGUUGGACUGGGUUAGCUGAACAUUGCAGCAUGAUGUGAACGCAUUAUUAAAGUACGAUAACUGUAGAUUUCUUUUAA